AUGCCUCUCGCUCCUUUAUUCUCUGUCCUGCUCCUGGCAGCAGCAGCAUCGGCAACUCCCCUCGCGGUGCGCGCCGCCGACCCAACAGGCACGAUCCAAUGCCCCAUCGUCUUUGACGGGCGGGUGCCGACGACGCUGGUGUCGACGGACCUGGACGACGCGACCCGCUCGCCCUUCAACACCGGCUACGUCAAGGGCGAAGGUCUCAAGUGGAGCGACAUCAUCAAGUUCCCUACCGAGGUAGGACAGCCGCGGUUCGAGAACUCGUCGAGCCACAAGCCCAUCACGGUCACGCUGAGUGAUCGGUCCAUCUUUCAGACCCAGAGGGGGUUCAGGAGGGCGGGUUUGCAGUUCAAGGAUGAUGCGAACACGGGUGGGAGGGGUGCUGUCGGGGUCAGGACGCUGCAUUGGAGUGUCAAGAUUGAUCCGGCGAGGGGGUUGAAUCUGAGCCAUGAGUAUCUUAAUGUCUGGCACGAGACGGCCGACUACUCGGCCAACCAGUUCAACUUUGAGAUGGGCAGCAUUCUAGGCCAGCCUGACCUGCCUAGUGACACGUUCAAGAUUCUCGACCGCCGCAACCAGCAGAUUUGGUCAACGCCCAUUGACGAGACUGCGUGGAACAACUUUGCCGUCACCAUUGACUAUGACAAAAACACGUUGCGUAUCUACUACUCCAAAAACGACGAACCUCUCAAGGCGGCCUCCUGCACAGCGUCGCCCAAUGACAACUCGGGCGAAGGCCAGUACCAACUAGGCCUGCUCAAGAAGCCGACGGGAACCGACGACGUGGUCAACUCUGGGUACCAGGCCAGCGGGAUAGAUGAGGGUCUAAUCUACGGUGGCAUCUUCCUGGAAGAUAGCGCGGAUGGGUGCGUUUCUUUGUGAUGGGCAGUUAUUUUGUUUUGGGGGACGAUGACUCCCUGUGUCAGGGCCACAACGGCGCAUGUCAAGCCUGCAUGGGGUGUAUACCCAGGACUGCUUUGGGGUUGCGAUUAGGUUCUAGAUUGGCUAAGCAAGGCCCUGCAACUGCGAAUGAAGACAAGGGACCUCCUAACCUGCAUAGACCUACUUUGGAUAUAUGCUUUUUUUUCGAUAGCAAGCCGUCUGUUUAUAGCUUUAGUUGUUUUUUUUUGGCAUAAUUGCCGCCUGUAUCUAUCUAUUCACUAGGUUUUCCUUUUCUUGGCAUGUAGUUUUCGGGCAAGCCGAACAUGAGCGAUGGACUAGGAACAGGCCAGCCAGUGGUUAUUAUGCGAUGAAAUGCAAGUUACGAGUCGCGACUUCAUUUCAGUGUCAGUGAAAGCAUUUGCGCUAUUAAUAGGUACAUGCUUGAACAGAGUACUACUAUAAUAAGUCCAGCCGGG